AGGGAUCAAUAUGACUUCCUAUUCCGUUUCUAUAUUCAUAGCACUACUUCACAAUAUUAGUAGUGUCCCAAAAACCAAUCUUGAUAAAGCCAAAUAAUCAAGUAAAAAGCUGAAACAGCCAUGACCAAAUUCGAGGUGGUGUUCAUCACAACCCCUGCAAUCGGACAACUAGUUCCAAUUGUUGAGUUUGCACACCACCUUAUCAAUUGUGACCCUCGAUUCUCUAUCACUAUACUCAUCGUCACCUUGCCCCAAAGACCCCUUGUCAACACCUAUGUCCAAUCAUGUGUUGCCACGUCAGCCUCGACAAAUAUCAACUUCGUCCACCUCCUUCCUGUAGAGCUUCCCUCACCUGAUCAACUCCAAUCUUCCAUAGGAUGCAUAUCAUUAUUCGCUGAAAGACACAAACCCCAUGUUAAGCAAGCAAUCACAAACCUCGUGGCAACUGAGUCGGACUUGGACUCGGACCGACGACUCGUUGGGUUUUUCAUCGACUUGUUUACAACUUCCAUGAUCGAUGUAGCCAACGAGCUUGACAUCCCUUGCUACCUUUACUUCCAAUCUACAGCUGAAUUUCUUGGCUUCAUGCUUCAUCUUCCAGUCCUAGACACCCAACUCACCACUGGGUUGGCUGAGUUGGACACUGAGUUGGUCAUUCCGAGUUUUGUAAAUCCGGUUCCUCCAAGUGUGUUGCCUUCUGUGAUGUUGGAGAAAGAUGGGUACUCUUUUUUUUUACAGAAUGCACGCAGGUACGUUGAAACAAAGGGUAUAAUCAUAAAUACAUUUUCUGAGCUUGAGCCUCAUGCACUUAACUCGGUCUCUACGAGUCAAGUGCCACCGGUUUAUCCCAUUGGGCCUGUUCUUGACCUUACUGGAUCGGCCCAAUGGCACCCAGACCGGGCCCAGCAUGAAAGAAUCAUGAGGUGGCUUGAUGAUCAACCUCCGUCAACGGUGGUAUUUUUGUGCUUUGGUAGCAUGGGAGGUGUUAGUGGGUCCCAAGUGAGAGAGAUUGCUUUUGGACUUGAACUAGCGGGGGUUCGAUUUGUGUGGGCUUUACAUGAGCCACAUAAGGCCCAAUUUGGCCUCUCGGAUGACUACAUGAGUCUCGAGAAAGUUUUACCAAAUGGAUUUUUGGAACGAACAAGUAAAAUUGGAUUGGUGUGUGGGUGGGUUUCACAAGUGUCAAUUCUAGCCCACAAAGCAAUAGGAGGAUUUAUAUCACAUUAUGGUUGGAAUUCAAUUUUAGAGAGUUUGUGGUAUGGUAUACCAAUUGCCACAUGGCCAAUAUAUGCUGAGCAACAAAUCAAUGCCUUUCAGAUGGUGAAGGAGUUGGGAUUAGCAAUUGAGAUUAGGUUAGAUUAUAGGGAAGGUAGUGAUUUGGUGUUGGCAAAUGAGGUAGAGAGAGGAAUAAACUGUUUAAUGGAUUAUGACAAUGAGGUUAGGAAAAAAGUAAAGGAAAUGAGCAAAAAAAGUAGGGUAGCUAUGAUGGAAAAUGGCUCUUCAUAUGUGUCACUAAGAGCACUAAUUCAAGAAUUAGUGCUAUGAUAACUCAAGGUGGACCUAGUUAAUGUUUUGACUACCUUCACUUUUUAAUCAAAAAAUAAAAAUAAAGCAUAGAUGGAAGGAGCUUUUCAGAGUAUGCCAUAUUAGCAAAGCUUGAAAAACAAGAUCUGUAAACCUACUAUGAUGUAGGGAAAAAUUUAUAAUUUGAUUUUUGUAAUUUAUUAAUUUUAGUUUUUUUAUGUAAUUUUUGUUAUUUUAGGUUUAGGAUAUUUAUUUCCUCAUUUUUAGGUGUUUUUAAUGUUGUUUAGUCAAAAUAGGGUUUUGGGGGUUUUCCUAGCCGCCUUAGGUUUUUUUUUUUACUGAUUAAACACAUUGUAACCUC